CCGAGCAAUCUGCUACCUAUAUAUAUGGCUCGGUGACACCCCGGAGUUUGAAGUUUGUUUAUCGCGGUUUUACAUGGGACAACGAGGAGAAAGGAAGCUCAUUCUCCCACCAUCGAUCACGUUCUGAGUCACCUCAGCACAACUGUCUUGAAUUGAAAUUUAUUGACGUUUCUUACACUUUCUUGUGUUCCUUGACGGCCAAUCCAUGGUAAACAUGGAGGGAGCAUCCAUUCCUCUUGACGAUACCAGGACCCUGGACUUGGAGCGUAGUGACAGUCGACACUUCCUAAGAAAUGACACCGUGGAUAAUUUCUCUUGGAGCGGACUGACGGUCACCGUCAAGGACCGACAGACGAAGCAGGCAAGAGAUCUUCUUAACGAUAUUUCUGGGGAUGUGCAAGCAGGUGAGCUCGUGGCUCUGAUGGGCCCAUCGGGCUGUGGUAAAACGACACUGCUCAAUCUUCUAGCUCGUCGGCCCGCUACCUCUGGCUCUAAGGUACUAGGAGGUACCUAUGUGAAUGGCGCUGAAGUGGCCUCUGCUUCAUUUGGGCAGAUGACUUCGUACGUCGAGCAGGAAGACGCGCUGAUCGGGUCGUUGACUGUGCGGGAGACGAUGAAAUUCGCAGCUGAUUUGUCGCUACCCAGUUCUGUCACCAAGCGCCAGCGCAUGGAACGAAUCCAGGCUCUUCUUGAAGCAUUCGGUAUUCAGAAACAAGCGAACACGUUGGUUGGAACGCCUAUUCGAAAGGGUAUCAGUGGUGGACAGAAGCGGCGAGUCAGCGUGGCGAGCCAGCUCAUGACCCGUCCAAAGAUUCUUUUCUUGGACGAGCCCACGAGUGGUCUGGACUCGACAGCCAGUUUUGAGGUCAUGUCUUAUGCAAAGGAGAUAGCGAAGAUCAAUAGAAUCAUUAUUAUCACCAGCAUCCACCAGCCUUCAACAACCACCUUCCAGCUUUUCGACAAACUUCUUCUUCUCUCUUCGGGACGAACGUGCUACUUUGGUCCGGUCGCUAAGGUCCAGAGUUAUUUCGAUCGUAUCGGUCAUCCAAUCCCCACGAGCAUGAACCCCGCCGAGUUCCUCCUUGAUAUCAUCAGUUCCGACUUCGACACUGGCAAGGGAGGUGGAGGUGCACAGGCGCGGGUUCAGGAGAUCCAAAAAGCAUGGGCAGAGUCCACUGAGGCGAUUGCUAUCACGCGCCAAGUGUCAGAGCGUAAUCAAGAAGCUGGUAAAGGCAUGGACAAACGGUCUACCGAAGACAUGGCGCGACCGGGCCCGAUCAGAAUCACUGCGGCUCUCCUCCAUCGGUCAUUCAUUAAGAGUUAUCGCGAUGUUGUUGCAUAUGGCAUUCGAAUUGUCAUGUAUCUUGGUCUGGCCAUCAUGAUGGGCACUGUGUGGUUACGCCUCCACCCUUCUCAGGAGUAUAUUCAGCCGUUCAUCAACGCGAUCUUCUUCGGCUCGGCCUUCAUGUCUUUCAUGGCAGUCGCCUACGUCCCAGCCUUCCUCGAAGACCGCGCCAACUUUGCUAAAGAGCGAGCAAAUGGUCUGUACGGAGCGACGCCGUUCAUCGUCUCGAAUUUUCUCAUCGGCUUGCCGUUUCUCUUCAUAAUCUCCCUCCUAUUCUCAAUCGUCUCCUACUGGCUCUCCAAUUUCCGCCCGUCCGGCGAUGCAUUCUUCACCUAUGUGAUGUGGAUCUUCCUAGACCUAGUCGCCGCAGAGUCUCUUGUCGUCUUCAUCACAUCCAUCUUUCCGAACUUUGUCAUUGCACUGGCUCUGGUCGCAUUCGCCAAUGGUCUCUGGAUGAGUGUGGGCGGGUUCCUGGUCACCCCGAAGAUUCUCAAUCCGUUCUGGAAAUACGUUUUUCACUACAUUGACUACCAGUCCUAUGUCUUCCAGGGAAUGAUGGUCAACGAGUUCUCGCAUCGAAACUACUCCUGCGGCAAGCAGUGCCAGUGCACGUAUGUCACGGACUUGGCUGAUCAGUGCCUGAUUCGCGGAACAGGUGUGCUCCAGGAGUACGGGUAUGCGACGGGAAGGACGGGCAAGUGGGUGGGUAUCCUCAUCGGGAUUAUCGCGGUGUAUCGGCUGUUCGGGUGGAUUGCGCUUCGUCUUCUGAAGAGGUGAUUGAGUGGCUCCGAAAUAAAAGGGUCGUCGUCUGCACCAUCGCG